AUGUGGACUCUCUGGGCCUUGGCCGUCGUGUUAGCCAUCAAAGCAGGAGCCCUUGAUGUGCCACAAGUAAACACAGUAUUGGAAAGACUUCCUGUGGGACAAGACUCCACUUCCAGUUUGAAAUCUGUCCCUGUCAGUGUGUCACAGCCGCAGGCCUUCAGAAGUCCCAGGGUCCAGAGGAACUCUCCUCCCAGAAAGUCCCGAGUGGGAAACGCCAAGGGCAAGUGCAAAUCCGCGGUCAAGUACUUCGUGUCCAGCAGCAAACUUGAUGACUAUUUGAAUGCCACCCUGCCCCCGCAGAUCGAGAAGCUGCUGAAGUGUGAGGACGUGAACAUAGCUGGCAUUAUCGGGUCAGCGCUGUCCGUGCUGGGCGAUUCCAACCUGCUCUCACUGUUAGAUGUCACUUCAGUGCUAGAUAUAGGAGGUGGUGGCCUUGGAGGGAUCCUAGGCAAAGGAGGCAGCGGCAAACCCCUGGAUUCACUCUCCCAAGCCACCGGUGCCGUCAGCAACCUGCUACCACUGAAUCAGGAUAUUCUGGGUGGCAUAGUCCCUGGCGGUCCAGACAAGAACCCCGUAAAAGGACUCCUCGACAGCACUGGUGUGUCUGGCCUCCAGGACCCCCUGAGCGACGUGAUGGAAAAAGCUAAUGGCCUCAAGGAAUCCACGCAGGACUUGGUGAAGGGUGCCCUGCCGCCAGACGUCAAAGAUGCAGUCUCAGGCCUGCUGGGAAACAUUAACCUGGAAGAGCUCUUGUUGGGAUUAGAGGUCCAAGAAGUGACUGUGGAUAGCAUGGAGUCGUCUGUGGCAGGCAAUGAGAUCCACGUCCGUGCUGCCAUUACUGCCACCAUAGGUGGAAAAGGCAUAGGUGGACCUGUAAUCAAACUAGUGGGAUUUCAAGUGAAAUUGGAAACGACUCUGACAAUUGCUAUUUCUGCCAACAACACCCAAUGUGUCAACCUCGAGGUCCAGGAAACACAAAUCAAUGUCAACAAAGUGACCCUUCAGAUAGUAAAGACGAUCACAGACACUCUGCCUGUGCCUGUCCUUAUACCUUUGCCCUUGGAGGACCUCAUCCUUCAACUGUUGACAGUGGAGCUGAAUGAAAAGGUACAAGAAACGGACUCCUGUGACAUUGUUCUCAAUGAUUUCAACGACUGCAAGAACUCCACUGGUUUGUUCAAGUUCCAACUUAAAAGCUCCAGGAUUUCCCCACAAGGCCUUUCCAUCUUCUACUGCGCCGAAGCCAUCUUUGGCAAAAAUACAGUCCCUGUCACUGGAAGUAUCCUCCCUCCUGAUCCUAAAAAUGCCAACAUUUCCAUGACUCUGUCUCACACGUUGCUCAAGACAAUCAUUACUUACGCAGCCAAGAUAAGCUCUGUCAAGGCAGACAACCUGGAGGCGAGCAUCACCAAAAUCACCUACACCUUCCAGCCAGACAGCACCAUCCAGGCCUCCUACUGGACUGACAUCAGGAAAGACGAGGAGAGCUAUGCCACUGGGAAAACGACCCUCAUCAUCUCACAUGAGUGCAAGAUUUCAAAAGACAAAAUGACAGUCAACAUCAAACUUGUAAGAUCUGACCACAGUGUGAACCCCCCUGAGGCUAGUGACGAGGUGCAAGAUCUGCUGUCUGGGGUUCUGAAGAAGCUCCUGUCUGCUGCUAUUGAAUGGUCUAAACAAUGGAAUGUCCCAGUAGGAGUAACAUCACAGCCCUUAAUUGAUGCCAAGGUUAUCGUGAUUAAAUCGUUGGAUCUGGAAUGUCCCCCAAAGGCCAGUGUGUUGAUGGCUGGCCCUAGCUUGGCACUACUGGGAGGUGGAGGAAACUUUGAGAGGGAGGGUCUGGGGGAUGUCCUAGGCCAUUAUUCCCUUGAAGAGGAUAGUGGGACCCUGGUCUCUGUUUUUGAUAACUGGCCACCAGAUGAGCAGUUCUGCUCUCCCACAUGCUUCCCACCAAGAUGGGCUGCCUUGCUACUGGCCCAGAAGCAACAGAGCCAAUCAUAG